AUGGUUGUUUCUGUUCCUCAUUUUCAGUGGGGUGUUGGAGAAUGGAGAGAAGGGAAGACGGUUUUGGAAGUGAAGAAGUGUGAUGCAACACGACCAGAAAUGGAACAAGGGACGUGGGAUUUAGAAGUUGGUGGUGGUGAUCAUGUGAAGAAAGAAAUAAUUGGGGAAGCAAAUCUCAGUCAGAAAAGCCCCCCCAUUCCCCCCUCUUCUGUCACGCUGUCUUGUUCGUGUCAAUCCCUCCCUCUCUAUCUCCCAUUCAACACUCCUUCAAUUUAUGGAAAAAGUGUUCAUGCUCUGCUUUGGAAAUCUUUCUGUUCCUUCAAGAAAUCUCUAUUUUCAGAAAAAGCCUAA